AUUGAACCAGGAGUUCAGCUUGUACUUUGUCUGCCACCAACUCACUGCCAACAUCUGCCAGCAGCUUCCCCUGCCCUUAUUAUUCCUUCUGUUAGCCACCGUGCCACACACAAAGCAGCCAGGUCAGGAUGGAAAAGCAAAGCGAGACCAAUGGGCACAUUACUAGGUACCCAGAUGGCACAGCGUGUGAGAUGGUUGACAAAGAACCAGAGACUAGCAGCCCAAAAAAGAAGAAAGCAGCAGAAGGGCAUAGGUGUGCCCAGUUCCUCAAGAAAAAUGCCAUAGUGAUCCUCACCGUGUCGGGGGUACUGGUGGGCGUUGGGCUGGGCACUGCAGUGAGGAAGAUGAACCUGACCAAGGCACAGAUGAGCUACUUUGCCUUCCCAGGUGAGAUGCUCCUGCGGAUGCUGAAGAUGAUUAUCCUCCCACUGGUGGUGUGCAGCCUUAUCUCUGGGGCUGCCAGUCUGGACACCCGCUCUCUGGGCAAGCUGGGUGGCAUCGCUGUAGCCUACUUCUUAGUAACCACCCUUAUGGCAUCUGGUUUAGCCAUAGCCUUGGGUUUCAUCAUCAAGCCUGGUGCUGGGGCAGGUGCCCUCAACUCCAAUGAACUUGGGAUAGAAGAAGCUUUAAGUACAAAUAAAGAAACAGUGGACUCAUUCCUGGACCUUGCCAGAAACCUGAUGCCUUCUAAUCUUGUGGCCGCAGCCUUUCGAUCUUUUGCAACUGACUACAAAACAUUCACAAAGAACACAACUGAUGGACUGAUCACUGAGAAGGUCCCUAUUGGCACAGAGGUUGAAGGAAUGAACAUUCUGGGAUUGGUGCUUUUUGCACUGGUACUGGGAGUUGCUUUAAAAAAGCUUGGACCCGAAGGAGAAGAGCUUAUCCGUUUUUUUAAUGCUUUCAAUGAGGCCACCAUGGUGCUUGUGUCCUGGAUUAUGUGGUACGUCCCUAUUGGAAUCAUGUUUCUUGUCGGAAGCAAAAUUGUUGAAAUGGGAAACAUAGUCCUUUUGGUGACCAGCCUUGGGAAGUAUAUAAUGGCAUCCAUUCUGGGUCACGUUAUUCAUGGAGGAAUAGUCCUGCCACUCAUUUAUUUUGCUUUUACUCGCAAAAACCCAUAUACAUUCCUGCUGGGGCUAAUCACCCCUUUUGCUACAGCAUUUGCAACAUCUUCAAGCUCUGCAACUCUUCCCACAAUGAUCAAGUGCAUUGAAGAAAACAACGGCGUUGAUAAGAGGAUUAGCAGAUUCAUUCUGCCUAUUGGUGCCACAGUGAAUAUGGACGGCGCUGCUAUUUUCCAGUGUAUGGCUGCUGUAUUUAUUGCGCAGAUGAACAGUGCUGAACUAAAUGCUGGCCAGAUCUUCACUAUUCUUGUCACUGCUACUGCGUCAAGUGUUGGAGCCGCUGGGAUCCCUGCAGGAGGAGUGCUCACCAUUGCUAUUAUCUUAGAGGCCAUUGGACUCCCUACAAAUGACCUGUCACUCAUACUUGCUGUAGACUGGAUUGUUGACCGAACCACCACAGUUGUAAAUGUCGAAGGCGAUGCUCUUGGGGCCGGGAUUCUCCAUCAUCUCAACCAAAAGGAAUCUGCUAAAAAGCAGUACGAGCUCACUGAUGUGUAUGUAGAGGCCGUGCCAAACUUGAAAUCAGAAGAAGAAACAUCUCCGCUUGUUAUGCACAGGGAAAACCCUUCCGACCCGCCCGGCACCCUUGUACCAGAAUCAAAGGAAUCUGUUCUGUAAAAGUGCUAUGGGAUGCAGGGUUUUUACCUUUAAAGUUAGACUGAUUAUCUUAAGACCAAAUGUUGCUCACUGCCAUAAUGUGUCCUUUAUAAUGGUUAGAAUAGCGACUCCAGCCCUUCUCUUCUAAGGGCGCUCAGAGUGGGUAACAAACCACUGAGCAAAUGUAGGGAAACCUAUAUUGGACAACUGAUCAUAAAUUUAUAUAGUAAGAACCAAGGUUAAAGGGAAGAUAUCACUGAACUCCACAUCCACACUGUCAAUCAGGGCAUUCUGGUAAAUGUCAGAGGGGCUGCUGCUUCAGAGGCUCUUGGCCUUUUCUUCCUUUUGAUCUAUUACAGGGCCCAAAGCUUGAGCAUGGGCCUGCACACUAAAUUGUGUGGGCUGAUUUAUAUUCCAGCACUUAUUGCCAGUAUACUUAGAUAAUAGUGCUUAUGCUUUUCUCCACUUAUAGAUAUGUGAGUAAUUGAAUGAUGUUGGGAAGAAAAACAUACCUUUAGGUUGCCCUUUAAAUACAAGUUUGGCCUCUUUUCUACAAAAUACCACUAAUAAGCCUUUUACCUUGCAAGUUGUCUGAAUGCUCUGCUGACAUUGAUGUAAAUACUGAAAUAGUUAAAAUAAUUUUAGUGCAAUUGCUUGUACGGUACUAAAUCAAUAUAAUAAAUUCAGGGGACAAAGCAUUAAGUCCUCUUCAGAAGGUUCAAUGUAGUAAGGCAAAAAGAUUUGUCCAGGUUGAGUAACCCAUAGCAUCCAAUCAGCAGUUACCAGGGCAGAUGACAUUUUCAGAGAGCGUAUUAUCCCACCUUAAUUGAGGCAGUUGUUGCAAGUGUGCCAGACUUUCAGUGAUAUAACUGCCACAUGUGCCAAAAAAUCCUCCUUCAUAGGUGUAAGUUAAGCACAGUUUUGUCUUAAUGUGAAAAUAAUUAGUAGCCAUUUGUUGGGAAGGGAGUUGAACUUUCCAUUUGUAAGAGCAGAUGUCCUGUCUCCUCAUCCUUUUUUCUGUUUGUGGCGGUGUCCUGCUCCUAGAUUCAUUAGCAUGUUAACACCAAUAUUUUGUUUUUUUGCAUUUACAAAUGCUCAAAACUCGAAGGACCCAGCAUAUUUGUGCUGUAUAUUAAGUAGUGAGCAUAUUCCACUGUGAAAUAUAUACAAAGUUGUGUGUCAUAAACAAUGAGGUGGAGGGUUCCGUGCCAGAUAUUGUUUGACCAACUGUUAAGGUUAAUAUAUUAAAAGGGAUGAAUACCUAAAAACUUUAAUGAAGGAAAAUGUAAUUCUA